UAUACUGCAGAGGUAUUUUAUUUGGUCUGCAGACAAAAGUGAAAAAUCAAUCUUGCAAUGGCCAAAAAGAACACUCAGUAUAAGGAAAAAGAGUAUUGGGAUGAACGCUAUGAAACUGAAGAGUCUUAUGACUGGUUUAAAGGCUAUGACGACUUUAAAAGUGUCUUAAAAAAUCACAUGAAUACACAAGAUAGGAUUUUAAUGCUAGGCUGCGGAAAUAGCCCAUUUAGUGAACAUUUGUAUAAAGAUGGCUAUAGGAACAUUGUAAAUAUCGAUUAUUCGCAUAUUUGUAUCGAAAAAAUGGAAGCAAAGUGUAAAGAUUUGGCGGAAAUGAAAUGGCUGGUUAUGGAUAUAAUGGAUCUUAAGUUUGGGGAUGCGAGUUUUGACCUUGUUAUAGACAAAGGGACAUUAGAUGCUAUUUUAACAGAUCAAAGUGGGUUUGGACACCUUUGUGAAAAGGCAUUCGAUGCAAUUGAAGUAGUUUUGACGAAUGUUUCGAGAGUUUUGGUGAACGGAGGCCGGUUUGUAUCUAUCACUUUCGCGCAACCGCUUUUUCGGAAAAAACUGUACGUGAGAAGCAUUUUUGGUUGGAAUGUACAAACAUUUUCUAUUGGGGAGGGCGGGUGCCUGCAGUAUUUUGUUUAUGUUAUGGAAAAAGGGAAACAACUGUCAGAUUCAGAUAAACAGUUAGAAAUAGUUAAUAUAAAAUCUAGAAAUGAUUUUCUAAACCCUAAAAUUAAUGAUAUUCCCAAUGAAUUUUUUGAAGAAGACACAAAUGGUGACUUUUUAUCUAACAUUCAAAUAUGAUACUGUUAUUAUUUUUGCUUCACAAAAAAUUGCAUUCAUUUGGCAUUGCAAUUAUACAGUUUUAAAUUUUAAGUGCUUUUUAUUGAUAAAACCUGUUAAAUGAAAUGUUGUUUUUAUAGAUUGGUUUAUGAAUGAAACUUAUUUAUUCUUGCACAGCAACAGUCUUAAUAGUGCUAGUGACUUGUUUCAUACACCUUGUGCCUGCUUACGAGUUACACAUAUGUAACUUUGUGAGUGAUUGUUUUUUUGCUGACAAUUUAGACAAUCGAUAGGACCACUUGUUUGGGGAAAUUGUAUCUUGCCUAAGUACAUACACCCAUAAUGGUAGCAGCAUCAAGCAUCAAACCGGGUACCUUUGGGUUUGGGUGCAAAUACUUUCCCCCUCUCAGCUAUGGUGCUUAUAAUAUAUUUACCUUUUUAAUACCUAUUUAUUACAUUUACGGAAAAUUUGCUUGGCAAAAAAGUUAUCCGGAAAAAAUCUUAAAGGCAAUGGCCAAUUUCUUUUACUGUAG